AUGUCCGACACCCGGCGCCGCUCCUCGCGCUCGUCGUCGACGGCCCACCUCAGGAGCUCUGGAGGCUCCUCGUCAACAAACAACCCCUCGUCGUCCGACACGGCAUCCAACGUUUCCUCGUCCUCGGCGAUGUCGUCCUCCCGCCACCGCAGUGCCCGCCACAGCGGUGCACCGUCCAACCGUUCGUCUACGUCGCUCCACCGUAUUGCCGGCAGCAGCAGCAACCGCUCGCGAGAGUCACUCGCACCGUCAAUGCCGUCUGACCGGCCGUCAAGAAAGUCGGGCGCGUCGUCGUCGUCCACGUCUUCCUCGUCUACGGCCACUCUGCAGCCGCCCGCCACCGACCCAGGUCCGUCCACCGGCACGGGUGGCAUCUAUGGCAAUCUCGCCGGCCGUGCCAGCGAGUCCCGCUUCUCGCUGACCGACCAGUUCGCAUCGACACGCAGCGUGCUCGACUUUGGCUUUGACGACACCGCCUCGUCCAUCUUUGACGCGCAGUCCAUUUUGUCUGUGGGCACGGCACGGGCGCCGUCCGUGUAUGGGUAUGACGGGUACGACGCAUACGACGGGUACGAGGCGGCCGCCGCCGCCGCUGCUGCAGCCAGCGUGGGCGGCGUCGGUGGGCUGGACCCCUUUGCUGAACUCGGCAGCAUGACCCCCACCGCUUCGUCCACGGGCAACGGCUUGCAGGGGUCGCCUUGGCAGGCCGAGGAAGAGUACCUCGGGGGUGCAUACAGCACGGUCUUGGAAGAGAAUGAAGACGAGGACGAUGCGGCUACGAUUGGAGGUGGCCGUUCCGACGCCAGCAGCGACGGCAAUGAUCUGACAGACGACAACGACACGCCUGAGCAGACGCCCACCAAACAGAAGAAGAGAAGCCGUGCACACUCAUCAGCCGACGUGACCGUCAUUAGUGGCGGCGGCGGCAGCAGCAGCAGCCAGAAGUCGCCGCCCCGUGACGCGGAGAUCGUCGAGGAGCUGCAAGACACAUUGCGGCUGCCUGUGCCUGUCCUGCCUCCUGCACAGCGUGGUCCACGGUCCUCCAUCGCCGCCGCAGCCGCUCCUCCUCCUGCUCGCAUCCCGGCGUCCCGCGUGCACCGCAGCUACUACGACCUCUUCUGCCUCUCGAGGGAGCAGUUCCCGCCGCCCAACGGCGCCCAGAUUCGUGCUGCCUACUUCCGCCUGUUCCGCCUGCUCAACAGCACCGUCAGCAACGGCAGUGCCAGCAGCGACCCCGACAAAGCGAACUUGAUGCCCACGGCGCUGCGGCCUUUUGCAGCCGCCUAUUUUUUGGAGAUCCAGAACGCGUUUGAGACGCUGAUCGACCCAAUUCGCCGGCUCGAGUACGACCUCUACCUUGAUGACCUGGAAGACAACCGCGCGGGCGACGGCCUUGACGACGACGACGAUGACGACAGCGAGAGUGAGGUGGAUGACGGCAAGAGCGGCAAAAGCAAAAUGACACGCAGCUCCGACAAGGCCACAACGGCGCCAACAGCACCAACAGCCGCCUACCCUUCACCACAGGCCCCGGCAUUUGUGCGUAAAUACGACUUCCAGACGACAACCGAUCUGGGCGCCCGUUAUACUGUUUCGGGUGCCCAUCAUCGGGCAGGCCAGCUCCUCCCAGCCGCACCGAACGUCGCUUCUCUCGACUACUCCCUCACACAAUCCGUCCGCGUCGGCCUGCCCGCCCUUCGCCAGUAUACCGAAGCCAGCCUCUUCCAGCUGCAGUGCCGCCUUCAGAAGGCGCGCCGCCUGUUGCACGAGCACUAUGGCAUAGGCCCCGGGCCUGCGGCACAAAAUUCUUUUAAGAGUCGCGAUGGCCGCACCUACUACUAUACCCGCCGCCACUCGUCUACUUCUUCUGCUGCCGCCGCCGCCGACCAGCCCCUGUGGCCCAUUCGCUGCGGCAUCCCCAUUGUGAGCCUGUCCGCCUCCACGUACUCUCUAUCUACAGCGGCAGCCGCUGCUGGUGCCGUCCUUCCACUUGGCGACCGGUUCCAGCCGCUUUUGCCCGAGGUGCUCGGCCCGGCCCGCAUCGCACAGCUAGCGCAUACUCGAGCCACUGGCUGUGUCGUGCUCGGCUACCGCCAGGAGUUCUGGUCUGGCAGUGCGCUCGCCAAUCCUCCCGGCAGUGCACCAGGCCCCCCGCCGCCGUCCGUUGUGGUUGACGUCGAGACCGAGGUGCUGCCCCGUGCGGCCGUCACGGCCCGCAUUGCCCAGACUGUUCAACUGCCCGCGGCCGCCCAUAAGCUUGAGCGCCGCAUUUUCGGCCAUCCCAGCAACGAGCCUAUCCAUGUAGAGGCUAUGGUGCAGACCGGCGAAUCGUCCUUGUUUUCGAAUCGUCUGCUGGCGUCGUCGCCGUCGCUGCCACGCUUUGGCCUUGGUCUCUCCCGCCGCGUGGGCAGCGGCAACGGUAACAUCUUCGUGUGCGCCGACAGCGGAAACGCGUGGUGGUCGUCCUCGUCCUCAUCCUCGCUGGAUUCUGUCUCUUCUGUCUUCGCCCCCUUUAUCCCACCCAUGGUAGAGGUCGGUUACAGCAUGAGCCCCCAUCAACUGGGCCUGCACGCCGGACGGCCCCUGACGUGUCCCGCCGACCGCGGUCUCAAGGGCGUCGACAUCGACAUGGAUACCCUAGGCAAUGUGACGGCAUACUCGUCCGACCGUCGCAACCCCGUUUCCCCGCACGGCACAUGGACUGUCUCAGCCGCCACGACAGGCUACGGCUCCGCGGCUGCUUACCUGCGCUACGGCCGUACCGUCUUCCUCACCCCUCUCGGACGGACACCCCCGUCUACCGCUGCCUCCAACUCCCGUCGCAGUCGCCGGCAGCGCCAGUCGCCGCAGCGAGCCGUCCGCGUCGAGGCUGAACUGUGCGCCGCCGACUGCUACUUCUCCGAUGGCUACCUCGCCGUCCGUGCUUUGGCGCCUGUCCGUUGGUGGGGCCUCCGCAACGGCUGGACCAGCAACGCCACAACAAGCUUCCGCAGCAGCACCCCCGCCAGCACGACUCCGCCUAAGCUCGGCCUUGAGGUCGCCCUGAGCGCUGGCAGUGGCCAUGUCCACAUCUCCCUGUAUUGGUCGCGCCUGGGCCAGCGCUUCAAGCUGCCUUUGUUGCUGCUGCCGAACCCGGCUUCGAUUGCCGCUUCCUCGUCCGCCUCGGUGACCCACGCAGCCGCCAAACUCUUCGUAUGGGCCGCCAUUGCACCCGUGGCCGUCAUGGCCGUCCGCGAGGUCGCACGCAUCUACUGGCGCGCCGCCACCAAGCAGUGGAAGUCGUCGCGGUCCAAAGCGCGCGCCAAGAGACGCAGUCUGACUGGUGAGGACGCUGCCACAGCCGGUUACGAGCACGAGACGGCGGACGAUGCCCACGAUGCCGACUUUGACUUUGACGAGGAAGAAGAACAGGCCAUUACGCACCACCGCGCCGAGGCCGACGAGCUGACCAUGAUCCUGGCUUCGGCUGUCGACGCACAGCGCGUACUGGAGCAGCAGAUGCGUCAGCGCUCGGGGAUUCACAGCAGCACUGCUAGUGACAACGACCACCACCACAACGAGCUCGUCAUUAUCAGCGCCAAGUACGGCAUAGCCCUCGCCGACGACCCGGAUGACCCGGACACUGGGCACGCACGCCACGAUAGCGCGACGAGCGGUCUGGGCCACGGCAUUCAUGCUGCCUGUCCGCCCGUGACUGCUAUGGCCUCGCGCAACGGCUGGGCGCCCGAUUACGAGGUGGCGGAUGUCACCGCGGCAGUGUCUGCCCUAAUUGUGACGGGCGGCAGCGGCAACGAUGCCACCGACAGCGACUAUCUCUACAUUCCGGCCGGCCUGCAAAAGGGCCGUCUGCUUGGUUUCUGGGACCCGGCGCCCAACUACCGCUCCAAGAAGCACAACGACGGGCAAACGACAACGCCCACACAGCGCCGGGCGGCUCGCGGCAAAAAGGUACUGCAUGUGCGCUACCUCUGGAACGGUCUUGAACGUGUGGCCGAGGUUGGUGACCGGGCCGAGCUGCGUCUCCCAUGA